UUUCGGUAGCUCAUCAGUGAAGUCUUGCUGUAUUACUCAUGUCACUCGUACUAGAGUAGCAAGUUAGUGAAAGCACUGCUGUGAACACAUGAGAUGUUUUCUCUUUGAUCCAAAACGUCGUUGGUUUAAAGGAAAUGGAUUAAACCCUGAGCUCAGGUCUUGGACACAAGCCAGCUCUAUGUGAGAGAGAGGCCUUUGCAACCAACUUUGCGAAAUCCACCUAAACACACACUCCAACGCUCUUCUCAUGGAGGACAAAAAGUCCAUGAUUGGCAGUUUGCGCCAAAAAGCCAAACUCUUCCGAUACUCGCGGGUUGGCAGCGACAAAAACCCCAACAAGCCAGAGGUGAGGGAAGAGCGCUUGUUGGACCAGCGGAUGAACACGUCUAUGUUGGACGUCCUGCAGAGGAGUCGAACGUCCUCCCUAAAACGCUCCGCCCACCAGCAGCCAGCUGACCUCAGGACGUCCACGGCUUGCAACAGUAGCCCAACCACCCCCCUCAGCGUGACUCUGCGAAAGAAAGGGGGCGGCACCGGCCUCGUCGAUUCGCUGGACUCGACCGGCUGGCCGUCGCAGGAGUCAGUCACUGAUGCCCCGUGUGAGGAGCACAACAUCUCCAAAUCCACAGAUGAGAUGGAUCAGGUGCUGCGUUUGAGGGACACACCGCUUGCGUCAUCAGAGAGCCUGGCUGAGAAGCCGCAUUUGAACAGAAAUGGUUCAGAUACGUUCUCCAUACAUGACAGUGAGCACAAUAAUAUUCUGGACAUGAAGACAGAAACAGCUGGAGUGAAUGAGCAUCAGAGGGAAGCUCAGAGAACGUACCUGCUCACUAUAUGCCUGAAGGAGGGCCGUGGACUGGUCAUUAGAGACCGCUGCGGCACAAGUGAUCCAUAUGUGAAAUUCAAACUGGAUGGGAAGACCUUAUACAAAAGUAAAGUGGUGUAUAAGAAUCUCAACCCUGUCUGGAAUGAGACUUUCUCCUUCCCGAUCCGCAACCUGGACCAGAAACUCUUCAUCAAGGUUUAUGAUCGAGAUCUGACAACGGAUGACUUCAUGGGGUCCUGCGGUGUUGAGCUCAAUAAACUGGAACUUGAAAAGAGCAGCGAGAUGGUGCUUCCACUGGACGACCCCAACAGCCUGGAGGACGAUAUGGGUGUCAUAAUCAUCGAUAUUUGCUUAUCUGUGAGGGACGGCAAAAACAAAAAACAUGGAAGUACAACAGAGCAUAACAAGCGUCUCACGGAGUCUAUGAAGAAGAGUCAACUCUGGACCGAGGUAUAUACCAUCACUCUGGUUCUUCGUGGCGAAGGAAGAAUGUCUUGCUGGUUUUGUGUUCAAGGCCUGGUGUGUCUGUGUGCACAUUGCAGGUGUGAGAUCGACUUGUCUGGGUUGCCGUUGAAUGAAUCCACACUGUUUACACAUGAGCUGGACCCGGGCCGAGGCAGGGUGGUGUUCCUCGUCACUCCCACUCCCUGCACUGGAGCUUCCAUCACGGAUCUCGUCGCUCCUCCACUGGAAGAGCCUCAUGAGAGAGACAACAUGCUGGUUAAAUAUAGUUUCAGGAACUCCCUGAAGGAUUUGAGAGAUGUUGGUUUUCUUCAGGUUAAAGUGAUCAAGGCCACUGACCUCAUGGCUGCUGAUCUAAAUGGAAAGAGUGACCCAUUUUGUGUUCUGGAAUUGGGAAACAACCGGCUGCAGACCCACACCAUAUACAAGACCCUCAACCCUGAGUGGAAUAAAGUCUUUACAUUCCCAGUAAAAGACAUUCAUGAGGUUCUGGAAGUGACUGUGUUUGAUGAGGAUGGAGACAAAGCCCCAGAUUUCUUGGGGAAGGUGGCCCUUCCUUUAAUCUCGAUACGUAACGGUCAGCAGGUUGCUUGUCCUCUGAGGAAAGAGAAUUUGGGAGGACUGUCUAAAGGAACCAUAGUACUGGAGCUGGAAGUCAUUUUCAAUUCUAUCAAAGCAAGCAUCAGGACCUUCACACCUAGAGAACAGAAGUUUAUGGAGGACAAUGCCAAGUUUUCUAAGAAGGUUCUUGCCAGGAAUGUUCUUCGUGUGAGGAACCUUUAUCGUGCUGUGUGCCACGCCAACCAGUUCAUCAAGAGCUGUUUCCAGUGGGAAAGUGUGCAGAGGAGCAUCAUAGCAUUUCUG